GAUCUCUCACGACUCACGGUAAGAAAGAACAAUGACCGAGCUACACGAAAUGGAAGAAGAGAGAGAUGAGACACAGGUAGAGGAAGACAAACAAUACGCUUGGAACCGCGAAACAGUACCCAGAGUUCUCAAGAUUGUUAGUACGAGGCUGUCUCAAAGAGAUCUCAUCUCUCUUCUACUCGUCAGCCCCUCGAUUCAUCGCACUCUCAUUUCUUAUUCCUCUCUUUGGCUGGUUCUUGAUUUUCAUGAAAUGACCAAUGCUGGUGAUCGACUCGUCUCUGCUUUAUCUCUGCAAAGGUACAGAAAUGUGAAACAAAUCAUCCUUGAAUUUGGUCAAGAUAUUGAAGACACGCAUCUUGAUAUCCUUAGAAGCAAGUACUCAGAUUUUCUUGGAAGUCUGGAGCUUAUAAAUCUGAAUGGCUGUCAAAAGAUAUCUGACAAGGGAAUCCAAGCUAUCACAGCUGCAUGUCCAAAUUUGAAAUUAUUUUCCAUCUACUGGAAUUUGAGGGUUACAGAUCAAUCCAUAAAGCUUUUGGUGAAGAGCUGCAAACGCAUAGUUGAUUUGAACUUGAGUGGAUGCAAGAACAUAACGGACAAAGGCAUGAAAAUUAUUGCUGACAACUACAGUAAUUUGGAACAUUUGAAUCUCACUCGGUGCAUAAAGCUAACAGAUGAUGGCUUACGCUACAUAUUGCUAAAGUGUCGUUCUCUUCGCAGCCUGAAUCUCUAUGCGCUUUCGAGCUUUACUGAUGAUUCUUAUAAAGUUCUAUCUUCAUUAACCCAACUUGGAUUCUUGGAUCUAUGUGGUGCUCAGAAUCUAACUGAUGAGGGACUCCUUUGUAUUGCCAAGUGCAGGAAUGUGGUCUCUCUCAAUUUGACAUGGUGUGUGCGUAUCACUGAUGAGGGAGUCAUAGCGAUUGGAGAAGGUUGCCCCAAUCUUGAAUUUCUAAGCUUGUUUGGAAUUGUUGGUGUGACUGACAAAUGUUUGGUAGCUCUUUCAUUGUCCUGCAGCAACACACUUACAACACUGGAUGUGAAUGGAUGUGUUGGCAUUAAGAAGAGAAGUCGAGAAGAUCUGCUCCAACUAUUUCCGCAUUUGAUAUGUUUCAAAGUGCACAGCUAGACGGGCCCGGAAAAUGCCCUCAUACAAGAAGAAAGUAUUGUCCAUCUUGAUGAAUCACAGUGGAGGAUUCGAGAUUGUGACUUCCCAAUAAUGGAAGAUUGUUGAUUAGUAUUGUGCCUUAGAUUUUGUAGUUUUUAUUUUUGGAAUUUUAUAUUUUGAUCUAUUAGUUAUUACCUAUUAUUGUUCUUUUUUUACACUUUUAUUUUACUUUUUUAAUCUUAUUACAAUUGUUUGUCUUUUUUGAGAUAAUUGGUUGUAUUUUUCUCUAAUUCUGGCCAUCUGAUAAUUGGUUGAGAUAAUUGUUGUAAUA